AUGGGUUCCCCCACUCUUCCUGGUCCCCAACCUCACCAUCGCAAGACCCGCAUCAAGUUGCCAACCUCAAUCCUCUGUAUCGCUGGCAUCUUGCUUUAUGUUCAGCUCAUAAUCCUCCCACGCUUCACACCUGGGCCUUCACCCAACGCUUCAAGACUCUCCCAAUUUCACUCAGAACGUCUCGAGGCCGGCUUACGUCAGUGCGCCGAGCUCAACACACCGCCGAUAAAAUAUGAACUCCCAGUCUCGCCAUCACGUGCCAAUCCAAGAUGGAACCCCAUCAGCGGGCAGAAAGAGACAAUAAUCCUUCGAAAUGCGACGUUAUUUGAUGGCGAGAGCUUCGUUGGUGCUGUGGAUAUUGAGUUCAGCAAGGGGGUCGUCGUCUCCGUUACGCCGACAUCCUCUACCGAGUCCGGAUCGCAAGGUGCUGAGAUCGUGGAUCUGGAGGGCAAAUAUGUGACUCCGGGGCUGAUAGACAUGCAUUCGCAUCAUUUGGUAUGGGCAUGGCCAGAUCUCAAGCCAAGUAAAGACGUGAAUGAAGUGCAUCCUGACACGGGCCCACUGACACCAUUCGUUCGAUCCCUUGACGGCAUGAAGGUCGAUGAUUUGGCAACCGCAAUAAUUGCUUCUGGUGGGGUAACCUCCUCACUGAUCCUUCCCGGAUCUGCAAAUAUCAUGGGUGGUGAAGGGUUCAUGGUCAAGAAUGACCCGAACAGUGGACCCUCUGGUGAAGAGAGAGUUGAGGAUCUCCUGUUGGAGCAUGGUGUACCGCCAGCUGAUCGACGACGAUAUAUGAAGAUGGCUUGUGGCGAGAACCCCAAACGUGUAUACGGUCAUACACGGAUGGGAAACGCCUGGAUCUUUCGGCAGCACAUGGAGCGCGCCAGGGAGCUGGUAGAGAAACAAGACGCCUGGUGUUUAUCAGCUGCUGCUGCAAAGGAAAGUGGUGAUGCUGCAGCCAUCGCCGCACUUGUCGCCCCUUCAUCGAGUAAGAAAGGAGGUUUCCCUGAGGAACUAGAACUGGAUUCUUCGGUAGCGAUGUUGAGGGGAAAGAUUAACAUCAAUGUUCACUGCUAUGAGCCAGAAGACUUUGAGGAUAUGCUUUUACACAGCAAAGAAUUUGGUUUCAGGAUUCGAGCAUUUCAUCAUGCGCUCGGUGCAUGGAAAGUGCCGGAGAUGAUCAAGGAGAGUGGAGAGAACAUAACCGUCGCAACUUUCGCCUCGUUUGGGCUUUACAAGAAGGAGGCUUACGAUGCAAAUCUAUGGGCUGGUAAGAUAUUAUCUGAGCAUGGAGUUCCCGUGGCCUAUAAAUCUGAUCACACUGAUGGCUCCAUGAGCGCCAAAUACCUGCUAUACCAAGCUGCAACAGCACAUUCAUUUCAUCUUCCUGAAGAGCUUGCGCUGCAGUCAGUUACGAGCGUUCCGGCAAAAUCUCUGGAGGUAGAUCAUAGGAUAGGUUACGUGAGGGCAGGUUAUGACGCUGAUAUCGUUGUUUAUGAUUCCCAUCCCCUCUCCCUGGGAGCAACGCCUUUGCAAGUCUACAUCGAUGGGAGAGCGACGCUCGAUCCCGAAAAAGUGGCGGAGAUCCUCUCGGACAGACUCCCGGAAAGCCGCCAGGACCAACAGAGACCAAAGAUGCGUCCAAGUAUCAGGGAAGAGACCUAUCGUCAAGUCGCCGAAGGCAAGACCAUCAUUACCGGAAUCACCAAGUCCUUUGUACCGAUCGACAACCAGACUCCGUCUCCGGGAGUAAAUUUGACAAUGGUACUCGACAACGGAAAAGUAAUAUGUUUCAAUACGCCUGAGACAUGCCUCCCUCACACUGCAGGGGGCACCAUCAUCCAACUCGAGAAUGGCCACGUCCUCCCAGGUCUCACCGCCGCCUUCACCGAUCUUGGCCUGAGCGAGAUCGCCAUGGAAGGCGACACGGGCGACGGAUCUCCUAACCACAAUCUCAAUCCCCUAGACCCGGAGAACGUGGUAUAUGCCAAGUAUGGCGUGCACAUGGAAGGCCGUGGCUUCGAGCGGGCUCGAAUGGGAGGCGUGACGAGAGUGCUAUCGCUCCCGGCGGGCGAGGGAUUUUUACGCGGUGUCAGCACGGGGAUCAAGACCAGCGGGAAGUCGAUUCUGGAUGGUGGUGUUUUUCAGGAUGAUGUGGCGCUGCAUUUUACUGUUGGGCAGGGAGCGAAAGCCUCCUCAUCCACCCCCACGAUCUCCAGCGCCAUAUCCACCCUCCGUCACAUCCUCAGCCAAAACAUCGAAAAAGACAACGUCUACACGCGCGCCGCGAACGGCACUCUCCCAGUCAUCGUCCACGUCGAAAAUGAACACGACAUCCUGCAACUCAUCUCCCUGAAACAUGAUUUCCCUACAUGUAACCUAAUCAUCUACGGCGGUGCCGAAGCUCCUUCUGUCGCGUCCGCCCUAGCAACCUCCCAGAUCCCCCUAAUUUUCAGCCCCCGCUCCUCCCCCGAUACAUUCGAGAAACGAAACGCUUUGGCAGGUCCCCCGCUCACUCGCCACCCCGCAGCCGUGCUAUGGGAUGCUGGUGUUUUCUUUGGACUCGGAGUUCUAGCUUCUGAAAGCACAGCCUCCUACCUGCACGCCCACUCCCACGAAUCCUUACGACUCGCAAAACAAGCUGGAUUAACAGAGCAGCAAGGGAUUGAUUUAGUAUCGUCGAGGAUAGACGAUAUCUUAGGGCUUAAUGGCGAGGAGAAGAGAGAGAUUGUGGUUUGGGAGGGGGAUUGGGGGAGGGGUGAGGGGGCCGUUGUUGGGGUUGUUGAGUUGUGA